AGAGGCGGGGGUGGCUGCGGCGGGGGACGGGGCAGGGGCCGGCCGGCCGGCCGCUCGGCUAAAAACAGCCCUCGCCUAAUAAAGCGAUGGGGCCUGGUGCCCUCGCCCUAUAAAUACGCUCGGUGCGCGGCUGGCGGGCUUUGGCCGGCUCGGCUCGGCUCUGCAGGCGGGGCGGUACAGCCAGCACAGCAGGGCCGCCGCUGCCGCCGCCUCUGUCGCCAGGACAGCCCCGGUCCCCGCACCCCGACACCCCAGCGAGAUGCCCCGGGUAGACGCAGACCUCAAACUGGACUUUAAAGAUGUCCUGGUCAGACCUAAAAGGAGCAGCCUCAAGAGCAGAGCAGAGAUGUAAGGAAAAAAAUGCCUGAUGUUACCGUGAUCAUUUGAAGGUGCUGAAGAAGAAAUAACUUUGAAGGUGAAGGCGGAUACAGUUUUAAGACAUUAACUUAGAAACUAGCAGCUUCUUGGUUUAGCAAGCCAAGGUCGACCUCAAGCGCACCUUCACCUUCCGCAACUCCAAGCAGACAUACACAGGAAUUCCCAUUAUAGUGGCAAACAUGGACACUGUGGGGACAUUUGAAAUGGCUGUGGUUAUGGCAAAAUAUGCAAUGUUCACUGCAAUUCACAAGCAUUAUUCUCUGGAAGAAUGGAAACUGUUUGCUGCCAAUCACCCAGAAUGCCUUGAGCAUGUAGCAGCAAGCUCAGGUAGUGGACAAGAUGAUUUGAAAAAGUUAACAAGUAUACUAGAGGCCAUUCCAGCUAUCAGAUUCAUCUGCCUGGAUGUAGCAAAUGGCUAUUCAGAGUAUUUUGUGGAGUUUGUGAAGUCUGUCCGUGCCCUGUUCCCACAUCACACCAUUAUGGCAGGCAAUGUGGUGACAGGAGAGAUGGUAGAAGAACUUAUUAUUUCUGGAGCAGAUAUUAUUAAAGUGGGUAUUGGACCAGGUUCUGUGUGUACCACUCGGAUUAAGACAGGGGUGGGCUAUCCACAGCUAAGUGCUGUUAUUGAGUGUGCAGACUCAGCACAUGGCUUGAAAGGACAUAUCAUCUCUGAUGGAGGAUGCAACUGCCCAGGAGAUGUCGCCAAAGCGUUUGGAGCCGGUGCUGACUUUGUCAUGAUUGGAGGAAUGUUUGCAGGCCAUGACCAGAGUGCUGGAGACAUUAUAGAAAGGAAUGGCAAGAAGGUGAAACUAUUCUACGGAAUGAGCUCUGAUACAGCCAUGAAGAAGCAUGCAGGAGGGGUUGCUGAAUACAGGGCUUCGGAGGGCAAGACUGUGGAGGUACCAUACAAAGGGGAUGUGGAACACACCAUCCUGGACAUCCUCGGGGGGCUGCGCUCCACCUGCACCUACGUGGGAGCUGCCAAACUCAAGGAACUGAGCAAGAGAACAACGUUUAUCCGGGUCACCCAGCAGUACAACGAGGUCUUCUCCUAGCCUAGGCCUGGGGGGCUGGAGAGAGGGGCAGGGGAGAAGAGCAGGAAGGGCUGCUCUUUUCCCUUGCUUUCUCCUCCAUGUUGUGUUAGUGGCAAACUUCCCUCUCAGAAUGGCAGUGUCAUAGCCAUUGACUAUGGCUGGGAUUUGGAAGGGGAAGGUCAUGCUAUUAACACAGUGCCGUUGAUUCAAAAUGCAAUAGCCUCAUCUUUAUUGUUGUGCCUAUUUUAUUUUUUAAUCAACGUUUCUUCACCUGUUUUUUUCCCCCUCUGAUAAAUAGCUGCUGAAACCUCAGUUAACAAGGAAUUGGCUUGUACAGACAUGGCUGUUAACGCCUGCACACAUUCACACAUUCCCUUUUUUAAGACUGACCUGUCAGCUACCUCCACUUUCUGGCAGUGCACCUUUCAGAAAUUGCAGGCUGGGAGAGAAAAUGUGCAAGGAAUUGCAGAAAUCAAAUUCUCUUAAUCUUUUUUCUGGCCAAAGAAUAGAUGUUAUGGCACAGCUGCCAGCCUGCAAAAUGUCAGAGGUGGAUGGUAGAUGAGGCCUGGCUGCUGGUGGCAUGCUAAAAAUGCCAGAUCUCUGUCACUUUCAGUUCACAGGGCUGAUGUUGCUGUUGUUACUUAAACCUCCCUAUUCAAUGGACUUGCCCCUUAAGAGAAGCUGGCACUGAAUGUAACAAAACCGUGCUGGCCCCCCUGCCCCCAUCUGAGGAGAUCAUUCAGGUGAACACUUUUCAGAGCUUGCCUGCUUUAUCAUGAGUGCAGUUAUUGAAUUACAUGGGUUCCUGCUUUUACUUGCUCUCUGCGAGCAGGUUCUUAAGACAUUGAAACUCAGCAACUAUAACCCUGACAAGGGGGGACAAUUCUUGCAGUCCUCCCUGUUCCCUUGCCUGCUCACAUCCAUUUAGCAAAGACGUAAAAACGCUGUGCAGUGCAUUGUCUGUGGCCAGGUGGAGGAGGCCAGAGGGAUCAAAUUGCUUUCUGGUUAUGUGGUACCACUCCUUUGCAGUCCUUGACAUCAUGUAAAGCAAGAGAGAGUUUUUGGCAGAACAGCCUGAUUGAUUGCAAGACACUGUCAGGCAAUGGAGUUAAAGCAUUUGCUCUAAAGGCAGUAAUGAAUGUUUGAGACUCUGGGUAACACUUCCGUAAAGUGUAAUGGCCUUAUAAUUAAUUGAUAAAUCACAAUGAAAAUUUCUUUGGAAAUAUGUGUAUUUGGAAAUACACGUUGCAUACACAUGAAUACCGCAGUAGCUCGAUACGAUAAAUGAUGCAAAAGUGAGCACCAAUGAAUUAAUAAUGCUUGGCCACUUACUUUAAACUGCUGCUGAGAUCAUAAUGCGGCUGAUGAUACUUCAGUACUUCAGAGUCUUACUUUCCUCUUCUAUAGACAUCUGUAGAAAGAGGCAGGCUUCCUUUGAAAAGCAAAAGAGUGAUCUGUAGGAAAAGGAAUAGCAAAGAGAAACUCUAGAAUUAAACUCAUAUGCUGGACUGCUCAAAAAGCCAAUCACAAGGACUGGUACAAUUGACCAUGCUGAGAAGCAUGGUCACCACAAGCUGAUCACUGGUGAUUUUUAAGUGUGUUGUGCCCAUUAGAAAAAGCACAGGAUAUCUUCUAAAUUGCCUGGUAUUUUAAAUGUCUUCCAUUUAGCAUGUAGGAUGUACUUCUUAAUUGUGGGAUGACCCCUUCCUCUGCUUUGGAAGUGGAUGAGGCCUUGAUGUGAGCACAGGUUAUGCUUGUGCUGGCUGCAAGGACCAUUUGUCCUGCCCACAUAUCAUAAAGGAAUGUGAAUGCAGAAGAGAAGCAGGCUCUGUGAAUCCAGGCCCUGAUCUCUGUUCCCUCCAGCCUGGAAGCAUCAUGUUAAGAGAAUGCCAGGCUGCCUCGCCACAGAAAGGCGCCGUGGGCCACCUACUGCUCUCAGAUCACUAGGCCCAGAGCAGGGGCAACAUGACCUCUCUGCAUCAGUACAGCUGUGGGACAGCACUGUUCCUCUAUUUAUGUGAUGUAAGGGGGAAGCAAAUGGACACCUCUUGUCAGGAGUGGGGUUAGACCACCACGGCCCAGGCCUGACCACAGGUGUGUCUCCACACUGGUGCCUUCACACGUGGGAAGUGCAGCACUCUGCUGGUCUCAUGCCCACUCUCAAUAGCGCUUUUCUACAUUUUCUACUUUUCUUUAGCUACAUUUCUAAGUGGAAUUUAAAAAAUACAUAUGCAUAUAAAAAGUUAUAUAUUUGUAAACAUUUUUUUUAAAGAUCAUGCACACACCAAACUGAGCAGCUUCAUGAUGGCCUCAGAACAUUUUCUUUUCCGAAGGGCAGGUGCUGGGGGCAAGGGGAGGCUGCUUCUCCACAAGUGUGGCAAAUGGAGCUGUUCUUACACCUGCUUUCCUUCCCCUCCUGCACAUACAUCUGAUCAUUGACUAAUAGAAGAGGGACAAGCUGUUCUUAAGUUGUCCCCCAAAUUCUUCAGGCUGUGAAUGAUGCCAUGAAUGGUGACUGAUAAAGUUUUGAUACUAGGUAUAUUGUUUUGAUAUGCAGGAUGUUUUCUUUCAUUUUCUUCUCUCCAAAAGUCAGCAGGAAAGACAAAUGAGAUGCAGAAAGGCUGAACCGGUAGCAUGUCUGCAUCUCAUCCAGUUAUAUGUGAGUUUUGUUCAGGAAUAACCCUCAGCUAUGUCAGUGCCAACCAUUGACACUGUACAUUUGCAGCUCUGAGACAGGCUGGAAAAUAAAUUUUGAAAAACCCUAAAAACUUAAAAAAGAAAAGGGUACUUGAAUCCCCCUUCCUGUGCUGCAGUCAUUGUCCUGAUCUUCACUUAGCCCCAGGUCCUGCACCCUGCUCAAGCCUGCUGCCACUCCCACAAGGAACUGAGGCAGAGGGAGCCAGGAACACACUUUGGCAGGAUGGUCCAAGUCAAGACCACAACCACUGACAAUGCCACAUGCCAUUUGUGGAUCUACCUCACCUGUGCAUCUAGCUGGGUUCUUUGUUAUUUGGUAUGCUUUUGUGGGAAAUGAAAUUUGUAAGUAUUUAAUAAUGCUUAGUGUUGAAUGAUUCUGCAUAACCAGGUCUUCUCUAACCCUACACCCCAACCCCAUCCUCUGUCCAGAGGAAUGCUAUGAGUAUGAUAGCCUGUACUGGCUUCCCAGGGCCAUGCCUGUUUCCCCCAGCCAGGCAAUUGUUGAACUCCCAAAAGCAGUGUUGAGGUUCCCACUGGCUCCACAGGGGUGCAGUUUAGCAUACCAAAGACCUACAAGUGGGGAUGCUGAAAAGGGCAACAUUACAUCAUUAAGCAAUCCCUGCUGAGCAUGUCUGCCUUUGGCUUCUUGAAACAUAAAGAUGCCUCUAACACCCCUGGUGUUUCCAGUCCUGCUCUGGGGUUGCUGCAGCGCAUUGUGCAGGGUGGGCUUCUGCCCACAGAGCCUGGUUACUGGAACUCUCCUUGGAGAGGAAGGGCUCAGCACAGGAGAGGCCUUGCUUACUCCCCAGUGACUGUGCUGGCUGCGAGGAGUGCACCAUGCACAUGGACACCUACUUGUAGGUGUAAGCAGUUGAUAAAGGGGUAGGCCUUGAGCCAGCAUCCUGACAGAUGCAAAACAAACCAUGCAGGUCUCCAUUCUUUGGGAGAAACACAUUCCCAUCUGCUCAUUGGAAUAGCCAGUCCCCACUGGCACUGGGGCAGGGGCUUUGGCUGUGCUUUCCUCUCCCUUAGGGUAUGGUGGGGUUGAAUGUAGGAUGGGGAUACCCUGUAAAUAUGAAGAGUUGUAAGCAGGAUCAGAAGAAGCCUCUGUUUGCCUUUGGGUGAGUUUUCCCAUAUGAAAUGUGCCUGUCUCUUCUUUCAGCUAGCAGGGGUAGAAAGGAUGGGGAUAAGGAAGAAAUGUGGCAGCUGUUGGCCAAGUCCCACGGUGUUGGGACAGGUUUUCAGUCAAGGACAUGAUGAGAGUUUGAAGCUUUUCUGAAUCAAGCACUCCCUACUUUAUACCUGUUGAACUCCACUCUCAUGCCAGACUUGUUCCUGCAGCUGCCACUGUAUGUAGUGUCUAUCCAUCACCAUCUCACAUCCUCCACCAGGGGAUGGUGCUGUUUAGUUGCUGAUACCAGUUUUACACCAAAAAUUCUUUCUUGGAGCCAGGAGGGCUUUUGCAACCAGUGCCAGGUUUGGCCUUGUGUAGAAGAGAGGGGAGGAAGUGAGACCCAAUACCAGCAGUUUGCCCUCGCAGCAGCCAGGGCCAGCAGGUGGGAGAGGGCCAGCCCUUCCCUGCGGGCUGGGAGCUGCCAGGGGCAGCAGCACUGAAGCAUGUUUGAGUAGAGCUGGCACAGCUCUGUACUCAGGAGAGACCACCCCCUGCAGCCUUAGCUUCAUUUGUGGUCACACAGAUGCUUAAGCGAGCCCUCCCCAACAUUUAUUUGACCCAGUGUUUGCUGGCUAAAGUUUUCAUAUAUAAAUCAGCAGUUUGGAGUCCAGAACUCCCUGACAUUGCCUGUGAUAACUGUGAAGCGCUUCUGUGUCAUUGGCCAAAAGCUGAUGGGCUUUCAGUGUUUUGCUGCCCUGCUUGGCCCUGCUGAGAUGGUGAUGAGAACGCUGCCCCCCUUCCCUCUGCUGUGGCAUCCCUGUGUGCGCUACCCAAUCAUCCCAACUGCUCCCAAGUUUUUGUUAUGCAAUAAAGAGCUUCACUCUGA